UAUUAGGGAGCCACUAUAACUUGUAGUGUCAGUUUAUGUACACAUAUUUCUGGCCGAGUUCGACAACCAUAUUUUAUUCCUAAAUGGUGCGACGAUGAAUUUUUUCUAUCAGUUCGCGGGGUUCAUUUUUCUCGCGAUAUUAGUCUCUGCUGAUUAUAAUAAUCCAUUAGAAAAUCCAAAUGUUUGCGGCGCGCCUGUAUGUAAACUUCCCGAUGAUGUUAAAUUCAAGUACGGCCCGGGAACGGCCCAAACGUACCGGUAUUCGGUCGAGGUAACGUCGCUUUUUAACGGCACGAGCAAGAACGAAUCGAAUCUGUACAUAGAAGGCGAAGCGAAUUUGGCAUUUCUGACACCUUGCGAUGGCGUAUUGACCUUAUCGGAUGUUAAACUAAGCGAAAACAUUCCUCCAGAAGGGUCUGAGACUUUCGAGCACUCUAAUAGCCAAGCGUUCGCCGACGCCAUAACCGCUUACACCUUGAGGUUCUCCUUUGUGGAUGGAAUCAUAGCCGAAGUGUGUCCGAAGGACGAGGAGAUCGAUUGGGUGCUGAAUUUUAAAAAAGGUAUUCUCAGCAUGAUUCAAAACUCCAUGAAAAGAUUCGAUUUAGACGAGAUAGUCGAAGAGGAGGACGUCAGAGGGAAAUGUCGUACUGUUUACAAAGUUUCCGGAGUGGAAGAGGCGACUUUGCUCAUAGAAAAGACAAAGGAUUUGGAAAAUUGCGAGGGCAGAUCAAAGAUCCAUUCGGCUAUACAAUCCCAAGCCGUCCCUAUUUUUCAAAAGAACCUACGCAAAGAUCACAUUCUAAAAUCGACCAGCCGGUGCGUGUUAUCGAUCGAUCAUCGGAUCUACAAAGAAAUCAAAUGCGAGGAAAACUACCUGCUGCAACCUUUCUCCAAUUACAAUCAAGGCGCCAGAACGAGCGUUGUGCAAAAAUUACAACUAAAAAGCGAACUCCCUGCUUUGGUGUCCGACGAAACAGAAAUUACCAGAAGGGUGCCAUUGACUUUCCACAAUAUCAUAACCGCUAAACCAACGCACGAGGAUUUAACGGCAUCAAAGGAAUCAAUCAGUUCACUGUGCAAACUGGAUAAAAUGCCCGAUAGGAUGGAGCUAGCCGAUUUGUUUAGCAAAUUCAUUCAUAGUUUACGGUCCCUGUCAUAUCCUGCUUUAACGGAACUUCACAGCCAAGCGGGAUAUGUUUGUCCAACAGGAAAGCGAUUCCUGUCGCAAGCCCUCCCGUUCGUUUCGACGAUCGGUUCGGUCUCUCUGAUGAGAGACAUCAUCCUGAACGAAAAACCAUCGGAAGGCGUCGCGAAAGAUUACAUAUUCUCGAUAGGGCUCCUGCCGAACCCCGACAGCGAGACGAUGGAAGUCGCGCUAAAUCUGCUCGAAGAAAAAGAAUUUUCCGCCGAUGCUGCCCUCAGCAUCGCCUCACUGACGCACACGUAUUGUUCUCAAACUUCUGUCAGCGAUUGUCGCAACGAUAUAGCGGUUUCCGGCAUUGUGGAAUAUUACGAGAAACAUCUCAGACAGUUGCUGGAGACGAAUAUCGACAGGAAAACGCACGACGAAAUCAUGGUGACGCUGAAGGCAUUGUCUAACAUCGGCGUGAUAUCUGAGGAUUUCGACCGGGAACUUUUUAAAGUUAUCGAGAAUUCGGAAGUCGACGUGGCCAUACGAGUGGCGGCAGUCGAAAGUUUCCGAAGGACCCCUUGCGAGGACACCAGAAGUUAUUUCGAAGAUGUAUUCAGGAAUCAGGAGGCGGACGCCGAGGUGAGGAUAGCGUCCUACUUGCAAAUUAUGAGAUGUCCGGAUUAUUUGAUGAUGAGAACCGUGAGACAUGCUCUGCUCGACGAGGAGGUUAAUCAAGUUGGUUCGUUUAUUUGGACGCACUUGAAGAACCUGUUGAAAUCAGCCAGGCCGAGUAAAAUCGAAGUGCAAACCUUGUUAACCGACAAAGACUUGUCGAAAAAAUUCGACACCGAUAUAAGGAAAUUUUCGAGGAAUUUCGAAGGAUCCUUGUACCUCGAGGAAUUCAAUGUCGGUGGAAAUUACGAGAGCAACGUUAUAUUUUCGACGAAUUCAUACGUCCCCAAAACCGCCAUGCUGAACUUGACCAUUGAUUUGUUCGGAGAAUCCUUUAACAUCCUGGAGAUUUACGGCCGAGUGGACGGAUUCGAGCAAUAUUUGGAAUCCUUUUUCGGACCGAAAGGAUCGUCGAAUGCGCUGAAGGAAGAAGUCAUGGAAACGCUGAGGUGGCCAAGAGACGCGAAAACCAAUGCAUUAAUUAACAGUCAAAUUAAAGAGCUGCCAAAUGUUGUCGACAAUUACGCCAAAGAACCCAAAGUGGCUUUGGGUUACAAAAUAUUCGGAAACGAGGCUAAUUACGUUACGUUCGCGGGCAAACAAGAAAUCGAAGAUGGCGUCAAAAACCUCGAUCCUAUUCAUCAUUUAAAGAAUUUAUUAUCAGGAAAGGAAAUCAAUUACAACAAAGCUGCCAUGUUUUUGGAUGGAAAAUACGUCGUGCCCUGCGGAGCUGGGUUACCUCUUUCUCUUAUAGCAACAGGAACAACAACAAUAAACAUAAAAUUAUACGGAUCUUUAGGUUCCAUUGGAAUCGGCGAUAAAAAUAGAAAACUCGAAGUUGAUUUGACGGCUGAUAUACAACCGACUGUUUCGGUGGAUUUUACAGGAGAGAUAUCAGUGGAUGCAUUCUAUGCAAGUACCGGCAUCAAACUGAAAACCAACUUGUACAGUGACACGGCUGUUAAAGGCGAGAUUAAAAUUAGGGAUACCAAACUAGCGAGCGUGAAGUUCAGCUUGCCCAGGGAAAAGAAUGAAAUUUUCGUAGCUAAGUCCGAGUUAUUAGUCAAAAAGAACGGAGUCGAAGAAACCCAACGGGGAUUGCAUUCGAAUAGAACUGAAAAUUCGAUGUGUUCUUGGCCGGCCGUAGACCAAACUAUUGGUUUGAAACUUUGUACAGAAUACGGUUUUGUACAUAUGAACAAAUUCGCAAAUAUCGCUGAUUUCAUCAUCGCUGGUCCGGCGAAUUUCCGAUUGUUUAUAGAAAAAGCAGACCCCACGGCGACGGUUUAUUUAUUCGAAUACAAGUGGGACAAACAUCCCCAUUCUAGUAUAAUAUCCGUGGUUUUUGAUACGCCUGGGUCAGCUGUAAAAAGGCUCAUUUCCGCUAAUGUAACAUUAGACAGCGCUUCAAACAACAUCACUAUCCUGAUACAGUCUCCUGCUGGGAAGGUUCUCGCCCAUGGAAGAUUCAAAGAUACUCAAAACGAAAAAUCUGUACAAAUCGAGCUGAAUAUUAACAACAUGAAGCACCUCGAAGCCGGAGCUUCCAUCAAAAUGAGCCACACUAAACAUGUAUACAAAUAUGUUCCUAAUUUGUAUUUGAUAGUUAAUGGAGAUAAAAUCGUUACGUUUACAGGUUCUGUGGAGACAUUAAGCAAGAAAGGCAUUUCUCAAUAUUCAGUGAAACGUCUAAAAUUCAAGACGAAGCGCUUCACGUCGGAGUUGUACGGGUACAUAAUGAAGGGCGAGAAUUCGAUUCAAGGCAGCCUCACCAACGAUUAUCAGUUUUUGAACACCAAGAAACACAGGGUCUCCUUCAGAUUCGGAGCCGGCGAUAAAUCCCAGAAGAAAAAUAUCAAAAUAUACGGAGCGUUUCUCAAUCUACUUUCGACCGCCUAUCCGAAUGUGAAUUUAGACGCGAACGUUACAUUCCACAGGAGCGACAACCACUUGGAUCUCGUGUUCAAGCUGCACCAAAAUCCAUUCCCUCACGAGACAUCGGGCUCCGAUUACAACACGUUCAAAUUCGAAACAACAGCAUCGCACGUUAUUUUAAUAGACGGCAAACGAACGUUCACCGUCGAAACUUCGAUAGCGCGAAAAUCCAGCAACUUAAAUCUGAAGGGCAAAUUUAUUUACGAAGUUUACAGAUCGCAAAUGAACGGCGCGCUCAUCGUGAAUUACGGCGAUAAUAAAGAGGUGUCCGCGACAGUUUAUUGGUUCCACCCCAGAAAGGCUCUAGCCGAGAUUAGCACGCAUAUAAACGUAACGAUACCGGCCUUUACGCCGAUGAUUGUGAGGCUGGACAUCCUGGAAAAGCGCUACCGAGAUUACUCCAUAAACUUCAAAGGCACCUGGUUCAGCGGGCACACGAUGAACGCCGCUGUUUUCUAUCAAGACAAGAGCCGGCCCCUAUCGUCCGAUCACCAUGUAAAGCUCCUCCUGAUGUCUCCCCAUUUUAAAGAUAUCACCAUUGACCUGCAAUUUUAUCGUGACAAUGACGUAUUGAAGUUUGAGCUCAAGGGGGACAUCGAUAAAAAUUACACGCAAGAUUACGGAAUAUCGUAUUCAUCGAAACUCCAAUCGACGAAUUAUACAGAAAGACAAGUUAAACUUAAAUACACAACAAAAUUAUAUUCCUACGAAGAUCGUGUAUACGAUGGGGAUUAUAAAAAAAUCGACGCCCAAAUCCACAUAGACGAAAUAAGAGAUAUUAUAUUUUCCCUCCUGUUGUAUAAUAUGCCCGAUAACAAAUCCAUAGAGUUCGAUAUUAAUUGGGACGCUAACAGACAAGCGAAUCAGAAAUUGCUGUUGACUGCUAAAUAUAAAAAAAGCGCACCUUUCGAUUACAUAGCCAAUUUUAUCGUCACUUACCCAGGUCACGGCAUAAAAGGAGACUAUAAAUUUUUAAUAGAUGGAAAACGACUAAAAACUCUCGUGAGUGUCUCGCGGGAUAUUGAAAAAACGUUCGCCAUCGAUUUGGAUAUCGUCCAUGAUUACGAUAAACAAAUUUUCUUAGAAAUGGCAUCCGAAUUGAAAACGCCGUUCGACAACUGGAAGAUAACGCGACUGAACGGGAGGUUCCAACACGAUAAGAAUAAAUACGAUUUGCGCGGCCUUUUGUCUUGGGAGCGACGCCAAAAAAUCGAACUCAGUUUCUUCGGUGAUUACAACUACACGGCUCCCGAUAAUAAUUUCACUUGCUUCUACAGUUGCUCAGUGUUUAGCACCAUUGAUAAAAUACCUAACAUCGAUACGAAAUUCAGUCAUUUGCAAAACGAUAAUACCUUCAACACAAACAUACACAUGAUGUACAAUCCUGAUUUCGUAAUCGUAUUGGACAGCCAAUGGGGCAUAGAAAAAGACAAAGAUUGCACGAGUUUAACCGGAAUCGUAAAUUCGAAGACCCCGUUUAAAGGAUUCAACAGCGGCUUCCUAGUCAGUAAAAUAAUGAUUAAAAACAAAAAUUACAUCAGAGGAGCGGCGCAUCUGAACUUGGAUCAUAAAAUGAUAGAUUUCGACAUGGAAGGAAAAUUCCUGAGGCUCUCGAACUGCAUGUUGGUUAUUAACGCUACAACGUUAACGGAUAAGUAUCAGCUGAGAUUUAUUAUAUCAGCCGCUAAGAGACAUGUAGUCGCUAUGAUUACAUAUCCAACAGGUGGUCUCGGUACUGAAUUAUUAGUCGGCGUAAAUAGCAUCAUUGAUUUUGAUAUCAAACUACACGUCGCUACUCCCAAGGAAUUCCUGCAAGAGUUGCUCCUCGUUGCUAAAUUGCAGCCGCAAGGGGCGGAUUUUCGCGUCGGAUGGAACUUUCUAUUGCUGGGAUUCUCCGGAGUCUGGCAUUAUGCUAAUUUUACAGACUUUGAAUACAGCUACAAGAUUUACACUCCUAUCGAUGGGUUUGAAGAAAAUGGUAUCGUCGGCAAACUCAUAUUCAAAGAAGGCUUAGACUUUGAAGUUUCUAUCAAGUUUUCCUACUAUAAGCUCGGAGUGAAACUUCUGGGACAACCAAAGCCAAAACCUCUUAAGGAAUUGGGCGUCAAAUUGAAAAAUGUCUACACGAGAUCCAAACAGACGCAGCUCCGGCAAACAGAAGAGAAAGAUUACGAUGAUCCACUUAGUUGGGAAGGCUUAAUAGAAUUGGAUGUCAUAAUUUAUCCUACAAUGAAAGGUGAAUUGGAAAUUGACCAGAAAGGAACGUCGUAUAUUUUACAAUCGAAAUUGACAAUGCCCCACGGAGUGGCCGAAAUCUUCGAUGAAUUCGAUUACGUUGAUAUAUUAAAUAUUAAAAACAAUCUGGAAAUAAUCACACCUUACAACAACACGAAGAAGAUAUAUUCCGAUUUCGAAAUAAACGUCGAGUCAGGACGCAAUUACGUAUUUGGCAUAACAUUUGAUUAUCUGAAACAAACAACAUUAAUAAAGACCGGCCUCUACGCCAAGUAUAUAGUGGAAAAAAGGACCGACAAAGAAAGGACGUACAACGUAACUCUAAAAGUUAAUACCCCAUUUAAAGCUUUGCCGAAGUUGAAUUUGUUUGGUGCUUUGGAGACUGAGGAGAAUUUUUAUCACACAACGCUAUUAUUCAACACAAAUAGAAGUGAUAUAUCAGUGGACGCUACUACCGAGAUUGACAACGGUCUUCUCGAGCUUACAUCCCUUUUCCAUGUCACCACGCCAAUCAUCCGUAUACCUCCCGGCGAAUUAAGAGUAAAGAAAUUAUUCUCACUAGCUAAUAAUUACGUCGAAGUGAUCCUCAAGAUGUCGGAGAAACUUAAAACUCCCAUAUACUCAAAAGUAUCAUGGUUGAUACGAUCUAGCAGCGAUUUUCGCGGUUUGCUCCAAUUGGAAACACCGUUUUCCGGUUUAGAAAAUACAACAGCAGGCUUGGAAAUGUACAUUUCGGAUGCAAGAUCAUCGGUGGAGCUUUUGCUUCUGGUUAAUCCAAUAGAAGCACGCGUAAAUGGUACUCUAACCGAUCGCAGUUUUAAGACAAACUCAGAUUUAUCAUUCGACGGUUACAAGAUACCGGUUGUCGUCGAUUGCGAUAUUGCGAAGCCUUCCAAAGACCGAAGAGACUUUAAAGGCACGCUCAAGUUAAGGGACAAACUGUUCAAAAUAACAGGAAACGCCGCUUUAAUGGGCGCCAUACCUGGAGCAGUUUCCGUUAAAUUUACUCCAGAGGACAAUAGCCCUUCCGUAACUUUUGAAUACCAAAUUAACUCAACAACACCCGAUAGAUACGAACUAUUAGGGAGCAUACGACAUUCGGAUAGAUUCACCAGUUUUAAUGCCAAUUUAACUACUACAGGCGAUCAUCAUUGGCAAGCUGAUUUUAAGGUUCGAACAUCUAAUAAUGAUACAUUCAUGGCGUACACGUCGGCGUAUUUAAGCAAAACGCACGCUAGAAUUGGCAUAAAUGCAAUAACGCCGAUUCCGAAACUGGAAAAUCCAAAAUUAGGAGCAACAUACGAGAUUAACGGAUUAAGAACCGAUGCGUAUGGAUUUUUCGAAUUGACCGAAUCUAGAGGACAAAUUAAUGCAAGUUACAUUUUCGUUUACAUGGAAAACAUGAUGAUCAAAGCUGUGGGAAAAUUCCAUAACAUAGAUUACGAGAGCCAGUCUUCAUUAGAAGGAUUUUAUGAAAAUCCCCAAUUAGCCUUCCACAAAUUUAAAGCUGGAGGAGAUAUCAAAAUAGACAGAUUAUGGGAGGCAUCCUCAAAUAUUACUUUGGAAAAUCCUCCGGAAUUGCACAAAGCUCUGGAAACACAUGUUAAAUUCCCUGACGAACACCGAGAAACUUACAGUUUAUUCGCUAAUAUGGAUUACAUUAAGUCUAUGAGGAAUAUAGAUUACCUAGUUAAAUAUAGGACUAGUUACACGAUGAAAAAAUACGGUACUUGGGGAAAGAUUUCCACCGAAGACAAACAGAAUUUAUUGGGCGAUAUCGAAGUUGAGUGGAACGGUGAUCGCUUCAAUAACUUCGCGAAUUUAAAAAGAUCUGAGGAAACAUUAGACUUAAUUUACAAAUUAAAAACCCCCAAGUUCGCCGAUAAAAGAUAUUUGGUUACGGAAAUUAAAUAUAAAGCGUUGGGCGAUCGCCACAAUUUUACAUGUGAAGCAUUUUCCCCCGAAGAUCGAUCAAUUGCAUAUGCUACAGUAGAUUAUAAAGAAUUGGCUAAUAUGAAUGGAAUGUUCAAUAUUUCCGUUCCACCGAAAAUUUCUGGCUAUAGCGGAGCGCACUUCAAGACCGAGACCAACGCUCAAGUAUACAAUCGCUACAUCAAGGUAUUUUGGGAUAAGGACAAUGCACUUUUAGAUAAUAAAUGUAACAUGAAAAUCGGGCCUUCUGUGCUGGAUCGUAACACGAAGGGUAAAUUAAUUAUUGAAUUACCCCUGACUACCAGACAUAUUGCCUUGGUUGACUAUGAUUAUGAUGAAAAAGAGAAAUUGAGCGUAGGCCAGGCCACGGUCAAUUACAAUGGUGACAGCGUCCUGGAGGGGAAAUAUAACCGGCUGUCUGAAUCCCAAGCGGGCAAGGAUACUGAUACGGUCCACGUAGAACUCCAUAAUGAACUGGUGCCCGUUGGAGCGGAUUACAUUUACAAACAUGAGUACGGAAUGCCAGAAGACGCAACAACGGAUAAGCGCCACGUCCAUUUAUACAAUUUGAAAAAUCAAUCGAAAUUCAACGUUUCCGGGGAUCUGGAUAUAUUAACAAAGUGGAGUGGCCGUGAAUAUAAGCUAACUGCCGUCCACUCAAAUAGGAUUGUUAAAUUCUGGACAGACUAUGACAUUCUGGAUAAAGGGUACAAGCAGCGUUCGAGGUUAGAGUUGAGCCCCUCCAAUUGGAUUGAAUACGACCUCAAUCUCUUUAACAAGAGCCGGGAUGACACGAUCGAUGCCCAGGAAGUUACUAUUAAUGUGAUCUAUCCUCGAAGAAGUUUCCUCGUUAAAGGUUUCUAUAACAUAAGUGAUUCAAUUGUGUCUACUGAUGUAUCACUGGUGUAUGACAAAGAUAAUAAGAGUGUUCAAGCGGGCUUAGAUUGGCGACGUGUUUCACUUCAACGUAAGCAAUUAUCGCUCCGUUUGAAACAUCCUACAUUCGAAAGGGAUGUAACGUUCGACAGCGAAUACGGUUACGAUAAAUCUUCUAUAGACGGGCAACUGCUGGUGAAAUAUUCAUUAGAUCCGAAUCGAGCGCUAACGUUGCGAGGCAAAGUAAAUGAUAACUCAAAUUCAUUGACCUACAACUACUCAUACAAUAUAUGGGCCGAGCACGUUGCAACCAGUUUGAGUUUAAGUUCGAACGGAGAUUUUUAUUGGAACCCCAGCGCUUUCGGCACUGAACACAUCACGGAUUAUCAUCGCUCCUAUUUGCCCUUUUCCAAAUCAGAAGCAUUGGCUAAAAUCAAUUUCGACAACAACGAAAUUGAGUUAAAGGUAGACAAUGUUGCAAGCGGAAAAUCUUAUUUCUGGGGAAAAUAUGGCGGGGAAUUUCCCGUUUACACGGCAAACAUGUCAGCCAUCUACGAUACUAAUAACACCGAAGGGGAGUUUUACGUUAAUUUGAAGAACAAGUUGCUUUACCUGAACCUCAACAUGACAGAAGAUGGAUCUCAAAGUCUUCACAUGUACGGCAUUAUCCCAGAUGCUCGUAGUGCUCACUUUGACAUUUGGAGGGAUUACGAUGACAAAAGGAUAUCCGACGUAGCUUAUUUCCUGCGAUUAAAUCAUUCUCGUCUGAUAAUGUCCACCUUAAAAUGGAGACCUGAUCUAAUUAGCGAUGUAACGACUGGUUUCCGUAAUAAUAUUAAAGAAAUGUACCAAAAUAUUCUUGAGGCGAUUAAUAAUAAUAAACAAUACAUUAGAAUGGAAACCGUAGAAGCGAUAAAUGGCACUCUCGAAGACGCUCUACCGUAUUUAUCCCAUUUCUCUCAAGAUCUUAGACACAUAACAAUCAUCGAGCAAGAUUUCAACGAUUUCAAAAUAUUCCUAAACGAAUCGUACGAAGCUAACGAAUUUUACAUCAAAGACAUCACGAACAUAAUCAUAACGCUUUUCGACGAUCUAGCGAUUAAAUCCCAACUGCAAACUCUACCGAAAAUAGUCCAAGAAAUUUGGAGCGUAAUGGGCGAUUCCGGGAAGAAAAUCAAAGAGAGCAUUUUGUGGGUCAAGGACAAGCUCGUUACUUACUAUCAAAAAGCCACGCAAUUCAUUCACGACUUACUAAACGACGAUCCGAUGGUGCACCUGAGCAUGGGGCUCGACAAACUCGUGGAAAAAUACGAUGAAUUCAUUAAAAAUUUGCACGUCGCUAUUAUUCAAUACAUGGAGAAUUUGUGGGCGCAAAUGUCCGCUGUGGUCGUCGAGCAAUGGCACAAAAUGCUGGCUAGCAUAGAACCAACAUUUUUGAAAUUCAUCCACUACUUGGAAUCGAUUGCUUGGCAUACCGGAAAGGAAUUUUUAGAUUUCUUGUACAUUAGAAAAAACGAAAUAAUCGAAUCGCCCUAUUUCCUGAGAUUCACCAAGUUCUCGCAGGACCUGGACAAGUUCUACAGAGACAUUAGAGGCAGUAACACAAUAGCGAGCCUUUAUAAAUACACGCAAAUAGCUUGGAAUUUCCUGAAAGAAAAAUACUUGACGAUAAUUCCUUUCGGUAAAGAAACGAUCGACGUUGUGAACGAAAUCGCGGAGGAGCUGAUGCAAAUCGGCGAAAUACCGUCCGUGAAGUUUUUGAUAAACAAAUGGCGGGAGGCAUUCGAUCGUUUUAAAUACUAUUACGACUAUUUCGAUGUGGAGACCAAAAUCCAUAAACUGUUUCAAAUAAUUUAUGAUAAAAUUUCGGAUAUGUCACUCACAGCGCUGGAAAUUGAAAAUAGGCAAAGAGAAGCUAAAACUAAAUUUUAUUUCGAACCCGACGAUGGGAUUAUGCUCCUUGAACAAAAAUUGCCGAUGCCUUGGCAUGCUUUUAACGAAACACCCAAAUUUAAGGAAAUUCCCGAAAUAAAAAAAAUAUUCGAUCUCCAAAGCUUCUUCGAAGAAACCGAGUUGUCGUUCUGGAAUUUGUAUUACGAUUACAAACCGUGGCUGAACCCUAGCGAAAUAUUGCCACCAUUUAAAGGACAUGCUAUGAUAGUAGGAUCGAAAUUCUACGCGACGUUCGAUCGCAAAUUCUACCAAUUCCGCGGAAAGUGUACUUACUUAUUAGCCCAAGAUUUCGUCGACAGAAAUUUCACAAUUCUCGCUUCGUACGAUCAAACGGGCACCACCAACGAAUUGUUACUGAUCGUUAAAAAGGAAAUUGUCCGAAUCGAUUUCUUCAACGACAGAGUCCUGGCCGGAGAUUCGAAAGUAGAAAGGCUUCCCAUGCAAAUUGGAGAAACAUAUCUUUAUAAAGAUUCGGGGUUAUUCAAAGCGGAAAGUCAGCUAGGAUUUAUCUUGGAGUGUAAUAUGAAGUUCCAUACCUGCAUGUUUGAAAUGUCUGGAUGGUAUUACGGUAAAACAGCAGGUUUAUGGGGUACUUACAAUAAUGAGCCUACCGAUGAUUUCUUAAGUUCCAAUAAAACUAGGGUUAGCGAAAGGGGAAUUAAGGAAUUCGGAGACAGCUGGGCUUUGGAUAAAAAAUGCAAGAACGGCGAAGCGGAAAAGUACAAAACGCUAAAUCGCUCCGAAGUACCCAAAGACAUAUGGCUAAUGUGCGCAGAUUUCUUCAGCAAUACCGUAUCGCAGCUGAGCACGUGCUUCCCGCGGGUCCCUAAAGAGAGCUUCCUGGAUAUGUGUUUGAACAGCAAAACGCAAGAGGAAGCCUGCAUGUCCGCCGUUUCGUACAUCAACCUUUGUUCGUACGCAAACACCCCGCUGAGGAUUCCCGAUACUUGCGUCAAGUGUAAUUUACUAAAUGGCUCCGAGUACCGGGAAGGUGACUUCAUUCGAUUACAAGGAAGCCAUGUUCCGCAAACUGCGGAUAUCGUUUUUAUAGUGGAAGCGAAGGACUGUAAUAAAGACCUAAGAAAAUCCAGAAGUUUCGAUAGCGUUGUCGAAUCGUUGGAAAAGGCGCUCGAAGAACAGAACAUUAAAAACAACAGAUACGCGGUGGUUAUGUUUGGAGGUUUCGGUGUGUACGAUGAACCUAGAAGUAUCGUCAUUAAUGGACAAACUUUUACUGAUGCUAAAAACGUUCAUCAAUAUUUCGACAGCAUUUCGAUAGGACAAGGCAACAGUGAUAUAUUCAACGGUAUCAUGUUUGCAUAUAAUCUUCUAUUCCGGCCGGGAGUUUCAAGAAAUUUCGUUUUGGUACCUUGUUCGGAAUGUAACAGGAACAAUAUGCUUCACGACUAUUCGACAAUUCAUCAGCUACUCUCGGAAAGUGCCAUUUCUCUGCACAUUUUAAUGAACAAUCACUUUGCAAUGCAGAAAGAACGAGAAGUCAGGAUUCCAUUCGGUAUUGACAAGCGAUUCGCGUACACGAGGCGCGAUGCGAAAAGUCUAGCUGGAGAUCAGUCGCUGAGGAAGUCGAUUAUUCUCCCUAAAUCUACCUUAGGCAUUUGCUUACCUUUAGCUUUUGAAACCAACGGUACCGUCUUCAGCGCCAAGUGCUUGGAGGAGAAGAGAACCAGCAAAAAAGCCGCCGCCGUUUUCGGCAAAGCCGUCGCCCGGGUGGCGGCGCCCCGGCGAUGCAUCGAUUGCGAAUGCACCGCCCCCGACACGGGGGUGUCCUACAUGGAAUGCUUCAUCUGCACCAUGGCGAACGCCACCAGGAACAAUUUCGAGAUACCAGGUCUUGAUGACGAUGAAUUAUUUUCAUUCGACGGAAACUUCUGGCCUUUAUAAUCGAUACCAGGAACACAAUGGAAUAGAAAAUAAGCAUAUUUUGUAAAUAUUUUCAGGAAUUAAAUAUAUUAUAACAAUGUCUACAAAUGA